CACCAGGCGAUUCAACAACGGGAGCGAACCAUUGCCAAACACAGGGGGAGACGAAUUUAUAAGAGCGGGCUUUCAUCGACAUUUAGCGUCUGUUUAUCGAUAUGUUGAUCGGUUUGUGGCAGGAAUAGAUAUCGUAACACAUCCACCGCACAACAGACCUCAAAACACCUCAGCAUCAGCGACUCGAGCUCCAUAGCUGAUUUUGCGCUCCCCAUCCAUAACUCCGGUCGACUUAUUUGAUUGACGGGUCCAUAUUUUUUUGUACGAUUUUUUUCUGUGGCUCCAGAAAGGACAAAAACGGGGUAAUACAGACAGAGAGGAAAAGAGGGAGAGAAAAUAACAAACGCUGCUGGAAAGAAAGUGCGAGCUCAAGAGCGCUGGGAGCGUCCCAGGGUCAAGACUUUGAAAAAUACAUAUAUAUUUCACAGACAAAGGAGUGUCGACUUUUGCUCAUUUCUAUAUUUUAGGGAAAUUGGGCACGCCGACAUCAUAAUAAUUUUGCAUAAGAGGACAGUGUAACAGAUCACCAUGACGACUGAAAUGCAGGAGAUCGCCAUCACGGAGGAGAAGCCUUUACUGCCGGGUCAAUCAGACACUGUGAAGGAUGCAGAGAUCGCGGCCCGAAUACUGCUGGAUCAAGGCCAGGAACACCGUGUGGAGACACCUCACGGCGUGCUGCAUGUGACGGUUCACGGCGCUGGAAACGCACGCAGACCGGCCAUACUGACCUUUCAUGAUGUGGGGAUGGACAGUAAGAGCUGCUUCUCCACCCUGUUUAAGUUUGAGGAGAUGCAGGAGAUCGUGAAGAACUUCACUGUGGUCCAUGUGGACGCUCCGGGACAAGAGGACGGCGCGGCCAUUUACCCUGCAGGAUACCAGUAUGCAUCUAUGGAUCAGGUCUCUGAGAUGCUCCCCGCUGUCCUGCAGUACUUUAAUUUCCGCACAAUUAUCGGUGUUGGAGUCGGAGCUGGCGCUUACAUACUGUCCAAGUUCACUUUGAGUAACCCUGACGCUGUGGAAGGGCUCGUUCUGAUCAACGUUGACACAAACGCACGAGGCUGGAUGGACUGGGCCGCGCAGAAGCUCUCCAAUCUGACGUCUUCCCUCCCAGACCAAAUCCUGAGUCACCUCUUCAGUCAGGAAGAGAUGUCGGCAAACACAGAGCUCAUUCAAACUCACAGAGAGACAAAAAACAAGGAAAGAAAUGCACUUUUAGCGCACUUUUUCUUUCUGCCUUACAGUCGCAGAGAUCUGAACAUCGAGAGGAAUAACACGUUCAAAUGUCCUGUGAUGUUGGUGGUCGGGGAUCAGGCUCCAUAUGAAGAAGCUGCUGUGGAGUGCAACAGCAAACUAGAUCCGACUACGACCUCCUUUCUCAAGAUGGCUGAUGCCGGCGGGAUGCCACAGCUGACUCAGCCCAGCAAACUGACAGAAGCGUUUAAAUACUUCAUUCAAGGCAUGGGAUACAUGGCGUCGUCCUGCAUGACGCGUCUCUCUCGCUCACGCACCACCUCGCUCUCGUCCUCCUUCUCCAUGGAGGGCUCGCGCUCCCGAUCCCGCACGCUGUCCCAGGGCUCGCAGGGUGGACAGCUCCCACCGAGCCCGUCCCAUACCAUGGAGGUGUCGUGCUGAGGAGCGCCAGAGCGGGGGAGAGAGAUGGACGGAUGAAACGCUUCGGUCUUCUGGGUGGUGGAAUGUGAGAUUCGUGCGUGACGACGGACGGAUGAUUAUGACUCUCUCCCUCCCUUCACCGACCCGUCAGAGGCAGAUGAUAGAGCCCUUUAACUCUGUGACAUGGGCGGGGCCUUUAGUGAGACCCAACUGUAGUGUUAACCAAUAGUAAUACUUCUAAUAUGAAUAUUGAUUAUUAAUAUUAAUAAUGACAAGCGUCAUUGAAAAAAAACAAAUAAAAAAACUGUGUUUCUCUUAAUUACAUGUUGAAUUUCUAAACAAAAGAAUAGAGAAAAGAGUAUAUAAGCUCAUAAUGUGUGUCUAUCAACUUCUUUGUGAGUAUUAUUUUUUGGUGUGAUUUUUUUUUUUCUUUUCGUUUUUUGUAUUCUGUAUUAUUUUUUUCUGUUAUACAAUCCUGCUGCUGUGAGAGGGGUGCAGUAUUGUCGGAGAUGGUGGUGAAAGUUUUAGGCUGAAAUACUCGUCUCUGUAGAUGACAGCCACCUCAUGUCUUCCAUUUGACCUUAACGAAAAAGCUAUACACAUAAAAGCGUGAAAGACAAAUGCUGUAAUUAUAUAUAUAUAUAUACAUAAUUUUUUUUUUGUUUUUGUUGGGGCCAUUGGGGUCUUUUGCUUGUUCUGAAAUGCAUGCCAGAAUUUUCUUGACCACAUCAGUCUAUACUUUUUAUUAAUUAUUAUUAUUAUUAUUAUUAUUAUUAUUAUUAUUAUUAUUAUUACUCUUUUUUUUUUCAGAUUUUACGUUCAUUUUUAUUUCGAUUAGAGAGUAUGGUCUUAAAUAGGAAAGAACAAUGAGAAAGUCGCAGGAAUCGUUGUUUUGAAGUCAAGUGACAUUGAGGUGCACAUUUCUAUCUGUGAUGUGAUGUAUUUUCAUAGAAACCGGACAUAAACAUUGUACGGGGAUUAAUCUGUGAGGGACUGAUUAGAUGCUGAAAAGGUGUCUGUAUGAUGGUGGUUGGGAAUAAAAGAAAUCGAUGCCGGAAGCUGAAAAGAAAUGUUGUUUGAGCAAGUUUGAUGAAAGAUUACGAAGACUAACAUGCACUGAUGAAUCGCUUAUAGUAAGAGCAGAAACACGAAUCAAGAAAGUAAUAAAGUCAAUUUCGUAUGAAUCUGUACGAUAUGAUUCGUACAUACAUAUACAAGUUACCAAAUAGAAGUAAACAUACAAGUCCACCUCUAAACUGCCUCUAAAGUGGGCAGAUUGUACAAAUUCACAUAAAUUAGCCACCAGUUAACCAAAACAUAAAAUAGUGACAAACUGACAUGAGAGUGUUUUGUGAGUUUUUGGAUGUGUGUCUUAGAUUAGUGGACACGUACGAUGGUAUUUUUUUGAAGCACUUUGGAGUAAAAUAGCAUUUUAGGCUACAAUAUAAAUAUGGUAACCACCUAGUAGCUAAGACCUUUAGUCUUGCCACUGAUGCCAUCACUGUACCAUGGUACGGCCACAGUACUCUGUUAGUCCGCUAGUAAGUGUUUGGUUGGAAACGUUGAGGUGGACUCAUGGUGAUGGUGACGUUUGUCGUUUUAAAUGGCUGUUCCUUGAGCUUUAGCUCUGGUUUGAAGUGUACUUAAAGCCAUGGUGUGAUCUAAUGCUGAACCAUAGUGACUUGUACACAGAGAAAAACAGUAUGUGUGGACAUGCCUGAGUGUGCGUGCAGUGCUUUAACUUUAAAUCACAAUAAGGGAAUACGUCCAAGUUUGUUCAGAAGAAUGACGCUUCAAAGCGCUCGUGUCAAAUUCACUUUGCUGAUAAACCAGCCCCUUCACUGCCAACAGGGUUUAGCCAUGUUAUUAACACAUUAGCUCCAAGAGCUCUUCCAAUUGGCAAGCCAUUGGGAUUAGCAGGUUAGCGUAGCUGCAAUGUUUAAAUAGAAGAUUCGAUAUAGAGCGCUAAAAAAAAAAUAAAAAUACAGAAAUCACUGCUUUUUUUUGCAAUUUCUUUUUUUUUAACACGAUUGCUAACACUUGCCAAUAACAACAUAGACCAAAACUUCACAACUGCAAAUGCAUUGUAACAAUCAUGUUCAGCAAAACACUGCCCUGAAAAUCACAGUAAAAUGGAAUAGGCUAAUCAACGUUAAUUGGAGAGUUCACCCAGUGUUCGUAGAGAUUCUCAAAUCACAAUUUUUUUUUUUUUUUGAGAAGUUUUCUGUUGUUCAUGACAGAAUGUUGGCUUUAAUGGGUUGUGUAAGUGGGAAACAUGGUGUUUUUCUUCUUUCUUUUUAAUGGAAAUUUUAUGUUGCUAUCAUUGUUGGAAUAUUGAUAUUGUGUUCAGCGUAAAGACUGCAAGAUCACCCCAGAUUCACUGGAGCCUUUACCAAAAAUACAAAUAGAUGGAAUCAUUUUUUUUUUUUUUUAAUGGGGAAAGGAAUGGAUAAGGUCAUGGUGCGUGUUGGGACGGUGUGAAUGUAAAUGUGUGUCCAUUUACUUUUUUAUUUUUAACUCUCCUCAAUGAAACACUUUUUAAUUUUCUGUGAAGUAGAUUUGCGUCUCAAUGUCCUCAUGGGUUAGAUAUCAGUGUGCUAGUUCUUGUGUAACUUUUUUAGCGUUAGCACUAAAAAAGGAAAUAAUGUAAUUAACAAAAAUAAUAAUAAUAAUAACAAAUGUUAUGAAUAACAGAAUGCAAUCAAAAUUAAUUGUGUGGCUAAUUUCUCUGUGUAAAACUGAACAACUGGAAAAAAGUAAUUAAAGGGAUCGAAAUGA